AUGGACUCGUUGUUGAUUGUUGAUAUCCUUCGCGAACUCCCCAAUAAGGCUGCCGCAUUCUUGGUCAACCGUCGCCGCUCUAUCGGCGUCACUGCCUCCUGGAUAGCUGUGGUAGCCGCCAUAUGCACCUACCGGGCCAUCAAGCGACGCAGACGUCGAGUAUCGCUCAUCGACAAGCUGGGUGGAACUACUGGGCGCAUCCCCUUCUUGGGAUUCGUUCCGAAGUCAAUCGAGCACUUCCUCUACGGACUCGAGAUCCUGGCCGAUACGUAUGGCGAUGUUUUCGCGACGAAGUAG